AUGGCCGAUAUUCGAACUCAGGCGCUUAAAGAGCCCAUUGAUGUCGCUGAAUACCUUUUUAAGAGACUUCACCAAGUCGGCGUCCGCUCAGUCCACGGCCUUCCUGGAGACUACAACCUUGUUGCUCUCGACUACCUCCCUGGGUCUGGCCUGACUUGGGUUGGCAGUGUCAACGAACUCAAUGCUGGUUAUGCGGCCGAUGGCUAUGCGCGCGUCAAGGGAAUCUCUGCCAUCAUCACCACCUUCGGCGUCGGUGAAUUAUCAGCCAUCAAUGCCCUCGCCGGCGCAUACUCCGAGCAUGUCCCCGUCGUCCACAUCGUCGGAUGCCCCUCCACCAUCUCACAGAGAAAUGGAAUGCUUCUGCACCACACUCUAGGCAAUGGAGAUUUCAACGUCUUUGCGAACAUGAGCUCACAAAUCUCUUGUGAUGUCGCCAAGCUCAACAAUCCCGCCGAGAUCGCCAACCAGAUUGAUCAUGCUCUCAAGGAAUGCUGGAUUCGCAGUCGUCCAGUGUACGUCAUGCUGCCUACCGACAUGGUCCAAAAGAAGGUUGAGGGCGAGAGACUGAGAACACCUAUUGACCUCAGCGAGAUCCCCAAUGACCCCGCGAAAGAGGACUACGUCGUCGAAGUUGUCUUGAAGUCACUACACGCGGCCAAGAAACCAGUCAUGCUCAUUGAUGCCUGCGCCAUUCGGCACCGUGUGCUCCCUGAAGUCCAUGACCUUUUGGAGAAGGCCAAAGUGCCUGUUUUUGUCACUCCGAUGGGCAAGGGCGCUGUCAACGAGACACAUCCCAACUACGGCGGUGUUUACGCCGGAGAUGCCUCACAGCCCGACGUCAAGGAGAGAGUGGAAUCUUCUGACUUGAUACUUUCCAUUGGCGGUCUCAAGAGUGAUUUCAAUACGGCCGGCUUCUCUUACCGGACAUCACAGCUCAACACUAUCAAUUUCCACAGCACGCACACAACAGUUCGAUAUUCGGAGUAUCCUGGCGUCACCAUGCGUGGUGUCUUGCGCAAGGUGAUCAACAACCUCGACCCGGAAAAGCUCAGCAUCGUACCCUCGCCGGAUGUCUCUAACAAGCUGCCCAUCGACGACAACGAUCUAUCCCAGACCAUCACUCAAAAGUACCUAUGGCCGAGAGUUGGCCAUUACCUCCGCGACAACGACAUCGUUGUUACCGAAACUGGCACCGCCAACUUCGGCAUUUGGGAUACCAAAUUCCCGGCCGGUGUCACAGCUUUGAGCCAGGUCCUUUGGGGUAGUAUCGGCUGGUCUGUUGGUGCUGCGCAGGGUGCUGCACUGGCCGUCAAAGACGCCGGUGAAGACAGGAGGACGAUCUUGUUCGUUGGCGAUGGAUCAUUUCAGCUCACGGCGCAAGAGAUAACAACAAUGUUGCGCCAUGGCCUGAACCCGACAAUCUUUGUCAUUUGCAAUGACGGUUUCACCAUUGAGCGGUUCAUCCACGGCAUGGAGGCCGAAUACAACGAUAUAGUCCAGUGGCAAUACAAGGAGUUGGUGACGGUAUUCGGUGGAACCGAGCAGACGGCCAAGAAGUUCGUCGUCAAGACCAAGGACGAGUUGGAGAAGCUCCUGACCGAUGAGAAUUUCAACAACCCCACGACGCUGCAGUUUGUGGAGCUCUAUGUCCCCAAGGAGGAUGCUCCAAGAGCUCUUAUCAUGACAGCUGAGGCCAGCGCCAAGAACAACGCCAAGGUCGAGUGA